AUGGACAUAACUUUUGCCUUACUUCAUUCCACAAGCCUUCAUUCUCAAUUCUUCAUAGACCACAACGAUGUCCCAUUUCUCUCUAUUUCAUAUCUUCCUUAUUGUAACCUCUCCAUUAUAUUAUCUUCCAUCAUCUAGAGCUCAAAACAAUGAAACAGAUCUAACAUCAUUACUCAAAAUCAAAGCCCAAAUAACCCAUGAUCCACUUAAUGUAUUAACAUCAUGGAACCAAACUAUCCACCAUUGUAAAUGGUAUGGUGUUACAUGUAGCCCUCCAAACCAAAGAGUAACAAUACUUGACUUAAGUUCCUCAGAACUCUCAGGUAAUAUUUCUCCUUAUCUAGGUAAUUUAACCUUCCUUAGAGAAUUAUACCUUCAAAAUAACACAUUUAAUGGAAUAAUUCCCUUAGAAAUUAGUCAUUUACAUAGACUAGAAAUCCUUCAUUUGUUUAAUAAUUCCAUCCAAGGGGAAAUUCCAUUGAAUAUAUCAAGUUGUUAUAGUCUUAUAAAUUUACACCUUAGUAGUAACAAUUUGGUGGGUCCCAUCCCACCAACAAUAGGGUUUUUGUCAAAUUUACAAUCCCUUUCUUUAGCUAAGUUGAAUUUGAUAGGCAACAUUCCCUCUUCAUUUGGGAACCUAUCUUCCCUUUUCAAGCUUACUCUUGCUUAUAACAAUUUGAAUGGAAUGAUCCCAAAAAAUUUAGGUAACUUAAACUUAACUAAAUUGCUUCUAGGUGCUAAUAGGUUAUCGGGUUUAGUACCUCGUUCAAUCUUUAAUAUGUCUUCAUUGACACUCCUUGCAUUAUCUCAAAAUGAUCUAGAAGGAACGCUUCCUUCAGAUUUAGGUGACACUCUUCCGAAUCUUAGGAUGUUAUACGUAAGUUCUAAUCGAUUUAUUGGACUCAUUCCAUUGUCGAUAUCAAAUUCUUCGAAUUUAGAAGUUCUAGAAAUGGAUGAAAAUAGAUUUUAUGGUGCAAUUCCGUCUUUGCACAAGUUAGUAAAUCUUACCGAUCUUAUCCUUUAUAAUAACUCUCUCGGUUAUGACCAUAUCGAUGAUUUAAAUUUUAUUUCUUCCUUAGGGAAUGCCACUAAUUUACAAUCGAUUCAAAUAAGUCGAAAUAACUUCCAUGGGGUUUUACCAAAUUCAAUAUGCAAUUUCUCAUCACUUAUUAUGAUGUACUUAGGUGAUAAUCAUUUGUUUGGAGAAAUUCCUAAGUGUAUAGAAAACUUAUCAAAUCUGCAACAUUUUGUAGCAAAAAAUAAUGAAUUUUCAGGUGUGAUUCCUCAAGGUAUAGGAAAGCUAAAAAACUUGUACUUACUAUUUUUAGGAAGUAACAAAUUAUCAGGGUUCAUUCCAUCCACAAUUGGAAACUUAAGCAUGUUAUCUACUCUUCACUUGUCAAAUAACAAUCUAGAAGGAAAUAUAGUUUCAACUAUAGGAAAUUGCAAAUCUUUAGUAGAAGUAUAUCUAGCUUAUAACAAUCUUAGUGGAAGGAUACCAUCCCAACUUUUUAGUCUCCCUAGCUUGUCUAUUGGACUAAACCUGACCGGAAACCGUCUAUCUGGGACCCUUCCUGAAGAAAUUGGGCAAAUGAGAAAUCUUAAUGGACUUGAUCUUUCUAAUAACAUGUUAUCAGGUGAAAUACCAAGUACUUUUGGUAGUUGUGUGUCUUUAGUGUUUGUAUACAUGGGUAAUAACAAUUUUGAAGGGAACAUUCCCAAUUCAUUACAAGCAUUAAAGGGUCUUGCUGAACUAAAUUUGUCAUUCAACAAAUUUUAUGGUGAAAUCCCAAAGUUUUUAGCAAGUUUUAAGCUUCAAAUCCUUGAUUUAUCACAUAAUAAUCUUGUUGGUGAAGUACCCAUUGGUGGAGUUUUCAAUAAUGGAAGUGGACUUUCCAUAAUUGGAAAUAAUAAGAUUUGUGGAGGUUCAUCUAUGUUAAAGUUGCCUAAUUGUGAUGUUGAAAACAUGAACAAGAGGAAGAGAUCAAUAAUCUUGGUUGUUUGUGGGUUUUUGGGAUUGGUUUUGCUAGUGAUUUUACUAAUGUUAUUAUAUCUUUUCAACCAAAAAAGGAAAGCUAAGCAACCUAUAGUUCCUAUUCUUUCAAAAAAGUUUCCAAAUUUAUCAUACAAAACCCUUCUAGAAGCUACAAAUGGGUUCUCUUCUAUGAAUUUAAUUGGGUAUGGAGCAUUUGGGACUGUAUACAAUGGAGUCCUUAAGCAAGAGGGCGAUAGAGAUAGCAAGUUGAUUGUGGCAAUUAAGAUUUUUGACCUCGAACACUGUGGUGCAUUAAAGAGUUUCAUGGCCGAAUGUGAGGUUCUCCGAAGCAUCAAACAUCGAAAUAUUGUCAAGAUCAUAACGGUGUGUUCUAGUAUUGAUUAUCAAGGAAAUGAUUUCAAAGCAUUGGUAUAUGAAUACAUGGUGAAUGGGAGUUUGGAUGAUUGGUUACACCCAAUUGAUCUAAUGGAUAAAGUUGAAGGUAUGAAUGGUAUGUCAAGGAGCUUGAAUCUUUGCAAAAGAGUAGAUAUUGCAGUUGAUGUUGCAUUUGCAUUGGAUUAUCUACACCAUCAUUGUUAUGGUCCCAUAGUCCAUGGCGAUCUCAAGCCGAGCAAUGUUCUUCUUGAUGAUCAAAUGGUUGCACAUGUUAGUGACUUUGGGAUGGCCAAGUUCCUUUCAGAAGCAUGCACCAACUCUUGCACAAUUGGAGUUAAAGGAACAAUUGGUUAUGUUCCUCCAGAAUAUGGACUGGGAAAUGAGGUCUCUACUAGUGGCGAUGUGUAUAGUUAUGGUAUCUUUUUGCUAGAAAUGUUCACAGGAAAGAGGCCUACCCACCAAAUGUUUGAAGGAAACUUAACCUUACAUGACUUUGUUGAACAAUCUUUUCCUAAUCAAGUAACCAACGUUAUAGACCAUGUUCUUCUUGAAGACAUAUAUAGUGUAGACAAUGAUAGUGUUCUUUUGAAUGUGCCAAUAUCAAUACUUAAAAUAGCACUUUCAUGCUCAAUUGAGAAUCCAAAACAAAGAUUGGAUAUGGGUUAUGUUGCUCGAAAAUUAUCUUCAAUUAAAAUGAUCUUUCGAACUCGUUUGAAACAACUUCGUACACCAAGCAAUGAUACAUCACUAUUGUUUUCCUCUCAACGAUGAUAUUAGGCAUACGAGGUUAUUGAUUAACAUUUAGCUUAAAAUUGGAUUGAUAUACUACUCAUAUCAACAAGGUGUAAUUUUUCUUCAUGAGAGCCAUUUGCUAAGCACUCCAUAGUUAAGCGUGCUUGGUGGGGAGUAAUCUUAAGAUGGGUGACCUUCUGAGAAGUUUUCCUAGGUGGACACGAGUGAGACCAAAGUACACUGAUAAGAUUUGUGUUGGUUUGUAAGGCCAGUCUAUAGUCUUUAUAAGUAGUCAUCAGCGGCCAGAGUGUUACAGCAUCAAUUUUGUACGAAUUCCUUACUGGAAUUUUGCUAGUCGAGUGGAUCAGAAUAGAACUUUCUGGCUCUGCCAUAGCUCUCUAGACUGUUAUUGAGUAUUCUAGCUGUGCUUGUAAGCAUGUAUGUAAAAAUAAUAAGCAUAAUGUAUCUUCAAUUAUGUUUUUAAA